CACCACUAUGCUGACUGCUGCUGUGUGGGUCCUGGCCUUGCUAGGCCCAGUGCAAGGCUGGGGCCUGUCACCGGCAGCUGAGGACAACACAGAGGAGGCAGACUUCAGCCUCUGCAGCCACAGCUUCUACAAACAGACGCCUCCCAAAGAUGGCUCCGCGGGACAGAUACCGCUGCGCCCUCUGUGUCACAGAUUGCCCGGCGGCCAUGACUUUGCCACUCUCCACAGACCCGACUGUGACACAGCUGUCGGCUCGGCCCUGCGUCUCAGCCACGGAUGGACAGAGACGUCGCGACAGGAGGGGGAGGAGCUUGUGGCAGUAGAAGAAAAUGGAGUUUUCAUUCCAGCUCUUCUCAGAGGAGGCAAGGUUGCAUCUUCACCCGAAGACUCCCCCCUCCAACGCUGGGACUCAACUGUCUCCACGCUGGUCCACUCCACUAUCUCACCACAAUGCUUUGCUUUAAGCGGGGAUCUCUACAUCCUGACCGGGGCUGAUGGGUGUCAGACCCUGCCGCUGUGGUCUGCCAUGUGCUGCUCAGUCCCGGGAGGGAAAGGCAGCUUCAGUGUGGGGUUCAUCAGUGCCACAGAUGAUGAAGGCCAGCGGCAAGUGAGCAUGAAGGAACUGCAGGAAAUGCUGGAAGUGGAGGAGCUGUUCUCUGGAGGCUGUGAAGGAGCAGAUGUGGAGUCUGCAGGUGUCACAGUGAGGCUUCACACUGAAGCACAAACAGAAAACACAGAAGAGUCGACUGCAGAUUCUACUGAACUACACUCCACAAGUCAAGAUGUAACACUGGACGAGGGAAACUCCGAAGCAAAUGAAGCAAAGGAAUCCGCACACACAUCAAAGAGUAGCGGUGGAGAGACCACAAAUGCAGGAGAGAAGGCAGCUGUGACACAUUAUGAUGAGGCUAGCACUGAACAGAAAGAUGCAAAUUCCAGCAGCAUUGUGGUCUCCAUCAUCUCCACCAUUUUGACCAUCCUCAAAACUCCACUUAGGCCCGUCUUCUCCAGAAUCACACAGUUUCCUGGACAGGUGACUUAUGUUCUUCAGGAAGACCUUGGAGUUCUCUCAGCCCUCCCAGGUGAUACUGUCUCCCUCUUCUACCUCCUGACCUCUGACCUGUUGUCUUGGAUGCGCUGGGCUGCGGAAAUGCUAUUUGGUAUUGGCGAGAGGUGCGUCUACGGCAUCUACCACUGCACCUCCUCCAUGCUGGGGGAGCUCCUCAACUGCUGCUACACCGGGGUCACAGGCAUGGGCACGCUGGCUGGCGACACACUGGGGAUCUUUGGCGACGCACUGGAUAACACCUGGUGGGUGACCAGGCUUUUCGGAGGGCGCCUGCUGGAGCGGAGUGGGGGCUAUGUAGGAACAGUGACGAUGGAGAUGGGAGAUCAGGCUGCGUCUGUGGGUGGGGGGCUGGGAAAGCUGGCAUGGAGAAGUGGGAGUGGGGUGUUCAGUGUGUUCAGCGUGGGGGGCAGCAUCAUCUUCGGAGUGGUGAAUGUGGUGUUUGGUGCGGUCGCAGAGGGCUUUGGACAGGAGACAGCAACAGUCCACACUGAUGUUGUCUGAGUAGAAACUAACAUUUUUAAAUGGAUUAACAAUGAAUAAGAAUAUAUAUUUUAUUCAAUUUACUAUUAAAAAUCAUUGUUAAACAUUUA